UUUAUUUGUGAGCACAAAACAGAAUUUAUGGUUUUAUUUGGUUCCACUAAUAUAAUUUGAUUUAAAUAUUUCUGGAAUCAGCGAAAUAAUGUGAAUUGUUAAACCACAAUUACUUUGAUGAAGCGGUGAACCUACCCGGAAAGUAAGAUUGUAAGAUUCAGGGACUUCCAAAAUCAUUACAAUAAUCUUCCAAAAAAAAAAAAAAAAACGCUCAGUGUUCCCGUUCGCCCAAAUCAGAGCUCCUCUGCCAAUUACAAACCCAAACACAACCGUAUCACUAAUUACCACCACUGCUCACCCACCAAACACAACUCCAUCACCAAUUAUAAACAAGACCAAAUUAGUCUUCGCCCAAAUUUGAGCUCCUCUGCCGUUGAUAACUCCGAUUCGCCACUUGCCGAUGUACUCGUGAAAGUUCUUCCACACAUACCGAUCGCGGCCGUCCUGGAGAUUUCGCGGCCGUCGCCGUUCCGAGCUCGCCGUCCAGUCCUGCCGAUGAGAGUUGGUGGUGGUAAGCGGCAGCGGCGGCAACCUUGACGUGGUAUAGGGUGUUUGAGACAUGGGUGAAGGAGAAGAGGUAGAGAGACAAUGAGGAUUAAAAAGCGGUCAUGGCAUGAUACCCCACAAGGAAAGUUCAUGGAAACUCAGCAACUUCCAUGCACGUACAGCAUUCAUCCUUUAAAGCAGAGUAUGAAGAAAGUGCCAAUGGCGGCGGCGGCGGCUGCUGCUGCUUCUUCUUCUUCUUCUAGAUGGAUUUACGAUGUCUUCUUGAGUUUUCGAGCCGAAGACACUUACAAAAACUUUGUGGACCAUCUCUAUGUGGCUCUGGAACAGAGAGGAAUUUACACCUUCAAGGAUGAUGAGAAACUUGAGAGAGGAAUAUUGAUUUCUCCCGAACUUGUCAAGGCUAUUAAGGAAUCAAGAAUUGCAGUCAUUAUUUUCUCAAAAAACUAUGCAUCCUCCUCAUGGUGCUUGGAUGAACUGGUGGAGAUCAUGGAAUGUAACAAGAGCAUGACGGGACACAGAGUUAUGCCGAUCUUCUACAAUGUGGAUCUGUCAGACAUAUGGAAACAAAAAGGGAGUUUUGCAGAAGCAUUUGCCCAACAUGAAGCAACUUUUGUGGAGGACAAGGACAAGGUGCAUAGGUGGAGGGCAGCUUUGGUUGAGGCAGCAAACUUAAGCGGGUGGGAUUUAAACAAUAUAGAAAAUGGGUAAUAACCAGUUUUAUUCUUCUUUUAUGACUAUGAAAUAUGUGCAAUAGUUUAACUAAACAUCUUUGGCAUAUUUAACCAUAAGCAAGCAUGUAGCAUACUUUAUAUUAUUGUGCAAAA